AUGGAACAAUUAUGUUGGCCAAAUACAGUAGAAUUAAGUUUAAGUAUCGAACAUUCAAGUGAAAUAAUGUUUUUUUUUCGAAAUGGUGCUUUGCCAUUAAUUGAACAUUUAAAUAUUACAAAUGAGGAAAUAUGUAUUAUUUUACCAGAACAUCACCAUAAAUAUGAAAAUAAAUCAAUAUCAAAUAUUAAAUUUUAUAAAAAUGAAUUAAAUGAAAUAGUUGAUAGUACUCGAUUAAAAUCUUUAUUUUUACGUUAUAUAUUUCUCAAUGAUCUUAUUAUAUUAAUGAAUUCAUUAACUAUGCCUUUACUUGAAAAAUUGACACUUAUUGAUUUAUAUGAUUAUAGUAAGUUAUCAUUAACUUAA